AUGGCCAUGGGAAUGUGUGAAGGAGAGGAGCGUAUGGGUUUGGGUUUGGGUUCUUCUUCUUCUUCUUGUUCUUCGAAUACUAGUGCGUAUCAUUCUUCAGUUUCAUCAUCAGCUGCUACACCCAUCGGCUCCUCUAAUAUUGGUUUUCAGUUGUUGAAGAAGCACGGAUGGAAAGAAGGAACCGGCCUUGGUGUUUGUGAACAGGGGAUGGCCAUGGGAAUGUGUGAAGGAGAGGAGCGUAUGGGUUUGGGUUUGGGUUCUUCUUCUUCUUCUUGUUCUUCGAAUACUAGUGCGUAUCAUUCUUCAGUUUCAUCAUCAGCUGCUACACCCAUCGGCUCCUCUAAUAUUGGUUUUCAGUUGUUGAAGAAGCACGGAUGGAAAGAAGGAACCGGCCUUGGUGUUUGUGAACAGGUUGGCUGUUUCUAUUCUCUUUAUUUGUAA